GUUUUAAAUUUUGUGAGGAAUUGCCGAGGUAUUUUCCAAAGAGCCUGUACCAUUUUACAUUCCCACCAGCAAUCUGUGGUAUUCCACAUCUUAAUGAUUUUUAUUGUCUCUCUUUUUUAUUAUAGCCAUCCUAGUGGGUAUGAAGUGAUAUUUCAUUGUGGUUUUGACUUGUAUUUCCCUAAGAGCUAGUGAUGUUGUGCUUAUUGUCCAUUUGUAUAUAUUCUUUGGAGAAAUGUCUAUUCAAGUCCUUUGUACAAUUUUUAAUUGGGUUAUUUGUCCUUAUAUUGUUGAGUUGUACACACUGUUUUAACAUUAGAAUGUUUUAGAUUUCCAUCGGAGGAAAAAAAGCCUCCAGUAAAAUCAAGGCUUUAGAUGUGUAAAGUAGUUUUUCAGGGACUUUGUAGACCCCCACCACAUGGCUCCCCAUCAGUUUGAGAAGCUCAGCUUGUCCCCAGCAUUGAUAGAUGAGGAAAAUGAGGCCUGGAAAAGUUAGGAAGUGUGUCCAAGUUACACAGCUGAGUCCUGUGUAGAAUGAUGGGAAACUGGGAAGCUUUCCCUGGAGGAGAGGACUGACAAGGAGACCUUGAUUCCCUGCUCUGUCUCCGAAAGGCUGCCACGAGGACCAGAUUGUUCUUCCCAGGGGGAGGCAUGUCAACAAGAAAGUUCUCAAAACAAAACAAACAAACAAAACCAAGAAAGGUCUCUUGAUAAUAGCUGGAGUCCCGCAUGGCAGAGGUGGCCUGGGAGUCUAGAAGAUCACUUGGCAGGGAAAUUGUAGGAGACUAUAGGGGCCAUUUGAUGCCUGGCUUCUCCAGCAUCCAUUUGCCCUACCCCUUCUCCCUUCCAAUGAGGCCCCAAUUCCCCUUUGAGGAUCUGCAUGGCUCUGGGAGAGGAAAACUCGACUUGGUCUAAGUCAAGCAAUGCCUUCCAUCUCUCCACCACCACUGGUGAUUGAUUAAGCUGGUCCACUUGGAAUACAUCUCAGAACUUUUGGUGGGAAUACUAGGCACUUUCUUUCCUCCUGGAAGUAAACAAGGAAGCAUGGCUAGAUGUGACAAAGAAAACAUCUUAGGAUGUGAGGUGGGCCCCUUAGAAUGAGAUCAGCACCACAGAAGGCAGAGAGGAAAGAGAGAAAAACAGAUCCUUAUGACAUCACUGAGCUUCUGGGUCACACCUUGCCUGAAGGUGGAGGGCCUCCGGAUGUUACUAUUUAAGCUAGUUUGAUUGGGCUUUUCUGUUACUUGCAACAUGAUGUCGCAACAAAUGUAGGGUUCAGGCAUCCAAUAAAGAGGUGUGGGGACAGACUAUGUAGCCUUUAUAAUCUCAUCAAACCAUAAGACUCUAUGACAUGUCCAAAGGUUUGAGGUUGGAUGGCAGUAAUCAGGCCCGGGAACUUGGGUUGGGGGCUCUGGUGGGAUUUUUUUUUUUUUUUUUGACCAGUGGACCUUACAGAGUAUGAGUUCCAAAGGUCAAACUCUGUUAUAGCCACAUAAAAAUCCUUCAAUAACUUGUGCUUGAUAAUUGACCCAGAGCAUCUUCAGAAUACAGCUCUGUGAGCCCUGCCUCAGCUUCAGGGCUCCACAGACCUGGGUUCAAAUCCCACCGCUGCCACCUCCCCACUGGUUCUUGGCCAGUCUCUGUGGGAUUCUGUGUGCCUCAUCUGUAAAUCGGAGAUAACAAUUCUUACCUUGUAAGAGUGGUGAGAGGAUUAAAGCUAAUGUGGGUGGAGGAAGCUCAGGUGUGGUGGCUUUUAUCUAGGGCGGUGAUGGCUCAGAGAUGCAGCUGAGACCAUUAGGAAGCACAGAGCUCUUACCCCUCCAGGCUCUGACCGGGAGACCUGAUUUUGCAGAUGAGGAGACUCAGGCACUGGGAUGUUACGAACUGGGCCCCGACCCAGAGCUGGUAAGUGGAGGUUCUGGGAUUCCAGCCCAAGGUAGCGUCAUCCACCGUGCUGCUCUGCCUUCAGCGUGGGGGUUGUGUCUGGUCCCCCAGCUGCUGGGAGCUGAGCUGCAGAGGGUGAGGGCAGGAUUCCAGGUGUCCAGCAGGAGGUUUCUCCACCCAGCCUGUGACUUGACCCUGGGGCCUGAGGUUGGAGCAGGGUGUGGGUAAAGCUCCGGAGGGUGGCUGGGGGGUAGAGGAGCAGGAAGUGGACACUCCAGGGAAAUGUCUUGCAGGAGGCAAGAGAUCCCAUUCAGGUGAGCAUUUCCACUCUGCAAUUACCUGCUCAGCCAGCACCGCAGGUAGCUGGGGCCCUUGACUUCUCCUGAAUGACCCCACGGCUCCCACACCUCCUUGAAAAGAUGGUUGGAACAAAAAGCUUUCACAAGGUCUGGAGAAUGAUGAAGAAAGAAGCCUGGUGGGCCCUUGGGCAAGCUCUGCCCUUCUCGGGCCUUGGCUUCCUCCUUGCUGUAAUGGGGUGGUCAGGAGGGGGCGCACAGAUUUCAGAAACCCUUAGCCCCUUGCCCAAGUGGCCUGUGCAAGUCAAGGAAGGUGUGGAGAAAGCAGCUGUGGCCACAUUGGUCCCCUGGGGGGACACACCUGAUGUUCUAGAACCAGCAGUGUGGACACAAGUUGCCCACACUACCCAUAGACACAGAGACCUCAGCUGGGAAGACCCUGGCCUCGGAAAUUCCCACAAGCUGACCUCAGCCCUGACCCAUCAGGUUUGUCACCACCCCACCCCCAACUAGGGGUGCUACCCAGCCUCCAGGCUUUCACUGCAAAGGCCAGAACGUCUCAAAGUUCUGCCACAUAUGGCUGUGCUACUGCUCACUUCCUGGCACCAUGCAAUCAGGAGGGUGUAUUUGGGAAAUCUCGAAGGCACCAUUUACUCUGGAGGCCCUCCCUAUCAAGGCCUGAAUGAGGGUGUCUGUCCUAGGCAGGGGAGGAAUAAAUCCCCCGUUGCUCUCUUUCUGCUCACAGACACUGGGAGGAGGGCCCCCUUCCCCCAAGAAUUAAACCUGGUUCUGAGCAAAAACAAACAAAAAACACCCAUAAUUUCAAAUCUGCUGGGCUUUUGUGCAGCCAGUGACCCCCAGGAUCGCAGCCGUGCUGUGACAACCGUGUGGCCUUGGUGCCAUCUGCUGGCCAAGUGACUUGGGAGCUAGGGAGGGGUGCUGGUUUUGUGAAUGGGCCUCAGAGAUCCCCAACCUUCUUCAUAUUUGCGAACCUGUCUUGUUGGAGCCUUUUCUAGGGAGAAAGUAAGCAAUGCUCCAAGGGUUCCUGGAGGGCCCAGGACCCUCUGGAGGGAGGAGAAGCUGCUGCUUUGCUGCUCCCAUAGAAGCCUCUUUCUGAACCAAGGGAGGGGGGGCCACCCCAGAGUUCCCUCCCCAAGCUCCAGGAACAUGGAUGUUGGCUGAGAUGGAAGGGAUACAGUGGAAUUCUUCCGGCUCUGGCCUCCAGCUGACCAGGUCUGAGACCAGGUUACCUCUUCAGAGGCAAUAGCUGUUCUCUUCUCCCUGGUCCGCUUCCAGACAGUCGGAAAGUGCAGGUAGACUACUACUCCCAGAAACCCUUUCGCCUCGGGCUGGAGAUUUGCCCUCUACACACGCCCCGUGGAGGAGGCUGAGCAUGCGCAAUGGAAGAUGAGCCUGCGCGAAAGGCUGUGCGGGCGGGGACCGCAUCUCCCAGCAGGCCGUGGGGGCAUUCUUUUAUCCCAGCGUGACCAGUAACUUCCGGCGUGGAGGGGCGGCGCGGUGCCUACAGCUGAGCUAGUACCUGGAAAAGCUAGCGGAGCGGCCGAGUGGCCGGCGGGCGGCAGCCGCCAUGGAGGCUGUGCCCCGCAUGCCUAUGAUUUGGCUGGACCUGAAAGAGGCCGGUGACUUCCACUUUCAGCCGGCCGUGAAGAAGAUUUGGAGUCACUGAGCCGGUCUGCUUGAGCCUAUCUGCCCACUCGAGUUUACUGCAGAAUGGCUUCAGGUGCAGUUUGUCCAGAAGAAUUAUGGAGAGAAUCCAGAAGCCUACAAUGAGGAACUGAAGAAGCUGGAGUUGCUCAGACAGAAUGCUGUUCGUGUUCCACGGGACUUUGAGGGCUGCAGUGUCCUCCGCAAGUACCUGGGCCAGCUCCACUACCUGCAGAGUCGGGUCCCCAUGGGCUCAGGCCAGGAGGCUGCUGUUUCUGUCACCUGGACUGAGAUCUUCUCAGGCAAGUCUGUGGCCCAUGAAGACAUCAAGUAUGAGCAGGCCUGCAUUCUCUACAACCUUGGGCAUGAAGGUCUCCUGCACUCACUUCCAGUGCGCAGCAGGUGCCUUUGCCUACCUGCGUGAGCACUUCCCUCAUGCCUACAGCGUUGACAUGAGCCGGCAGAUCCUCACUCUCAAUGUCAACCUCAUGCUGGGCCAGGCUCAGGAGUGCCUUCUGGAGAAGUCCAUGUUGGACAACAGGAAGAGCUUUCUGGUGGCUCGCAUCAGUGCACAGGUGGUGGAUUACUACAAGGAGGCGUGCCGGGCCUUGGAGAACCCCGAUACCGCCUCACUGCUGGGCCGGAUCCAGAAGGACUGGAAGAAGCUGGUACAGAUGAAGAUCUACUACUUUGCGGCUGUGGCUCAUUUGCACAUGGGGAAGCAGGCUGAGGAGCAGCAGAAGUUCGGAGAGCGGGUUGCAUACUUCCAGAGUGCCCUGGACAAGCUCAAUGAAGCCAUCAAGCUGGCCAAGGGCCAGCCUGACACUGUGCAAGAUGCACUUCGCUUCACUAUGGACGUCAUUGGGGGAAAAUACAAUUCUGCCAAGAAGGACAAUGAUUUCAUCUACCACGAGGCUGUCCCAGCACUGGACACCCUUCAGCCUGUAAAAGGUGCCCCCUUGGUGAAGCCCUUACCAGUGAACCCCACAGACCCAGCUGUUACGGGCCCUGACAUCUUCACCAAACUGGUACCCAUGGCUGCCCAUGAAGCCUCGUCGCUGUACAGUGAGGAGAAGGCCAAGCUGCUUCGGGAGAUGAUGGCCAAGAUUGAGGACAAGAAUGAGGUCCUGGACCAGUUCAUGGAUUCAAUGCAGCUGGAUCCUGAGACAGUGGACAACCUUGAUGCCUACAGCCACAUCCCACCCCAGCUCAUGGAGAAGUGUGCGGCUCUCAGCGUCCGGCCCGACACUGUCAGGAACCUCGUCCAGUCCAUGCAAGUGCUGUCAGGUGUGUUCACGGAUGUGGAGGCCUCCCUGAAGGACAUCAGGGACCUGCUGGAGGAGGAUGAACUGCUAGAGCAGAAGAUGCAGGAGGCAGUGAGUCAGGCAGGGGCCAGCACGGCUGUCUCCAAGGCCGAGCUGGCAGAGGUGAGGCGAGAAUGGGCCAAGUACAUGGAGGUCCAUGAGAAGGCCUCCUUCACCAACAGCGAGCUGCACCGUGCCAUGAAUCUGCAUGUUGGCAACCUGCGCCUGCUCAGUGGGCCUCUGGACCAGGUCCGGGCUGCCCUGCCCACGCCAGCCCUCACCCCAGAGGACAAGGCAGUGCUGCAGAACCUGAAGCGCAUCCUGGCCAAGGUGCAGGAGAUGCGGGACCAGCGUGUGUCCCUGGAGCAGCAGCUGCGUGAGCUUAUCCAGAAGGAUGACAUCACGGCGUCACUGGUUACCACAGACCACUCAGAGAUAAAGAAGCUGUUUGAGGAGCAGCUGAAGAAGUAUGAUCAGCUGAGGGUGUACCUGGAGCAGAACCUGGCCGCCCAGGACAACAUUCUCCGGGCACUGACAGAGGCCAACGUGCAGUACGCAUCUGUGCGGCGGGUGCUCAGUGAACUGGACCAAAAGUGGAACUCCACACUGCAGACCCUGGUGGCCUCCUAUGAAGCCUAUGAGGACCUGAUGAAGAAGUCCCAGGAGGGCAAGGACUUCUAUGCAGACCUGGAGAGCAAGGUGGCUGCUCUCCUCGAACGGGCACAGUCCACCUGCCAGGCCCGCGAGGCAGCCCGGCAGCAGCUCCUGGACAGGGAGCUGAAGAAGAAGCCGCCACCACGGCCCACGGCCCCAAAGCCGCUGCUGCCCCGCAGGGAGGAGGGCGAGGCAGUGGAGGCCGGGGACCUGCCUGAGGAGCUGCGCAGCCUGCCCCCCGACACCUUCCUGGGGGCUGCUGUCCCACUCCGCUUCCCGCCCGGCCCCUUCCCCAGCUCUGCAGGCCCAGGACCCCACUAUCUCUCAGGCACCUUACCGCCGGGUACCUACUCGGGCCCCGCCCAGAUGUUGCAGCCCAGGGGCCCCCAGGCCCUAGGGCACCCUGUGGUGGCCAUGGCACCUGGACCUGCUCUCUACACAGCCGGGGCCUACACACCAGAGCUGGGCCUCGUGCCGCGAUCCUCGCCACAGCAUGGCAUGGUGAGCAGUCCCUAUGGUGGGGUGGGGCCCGGGCCCACCCCACCAGCUGCAGGCCUGCCCUCAGCCCCACCUCCCCAGUUCUCGGGCCCUGAGUUGGCCGUGGGGAUUCGGCCAGCCACCACCACAGUAGAUAGCGUCCAGGCCCCCAUCUCCAGCCACACGGCACCACGGCCAAACCCUGCCCCUGCUCCUCCCCGGCCCCGCUUUCCGGGGCCACCCCCCCAGCCACUGCCCGUGCCCUACACCUACCCGAUGGGGGCCAAGCCACCCCUCGCAGCUCCCCCAGCCCAGCACCACUUUUCUCCUGGGAUGCCCACAGGUUUUUCAGCCCCGAGGACUGGGCCCCAGCCUCAUCCCACACGAGCAGUGUUUGGGCCCCAGCCUCCCCAGCAGCCCCUUCCACUCCAGCAUCCGCACCUCUUCCCACCCCAGCCUUCAGGACUGGUACCCCCACAGACCCCCUAUCCCUUUGCUCCUCAGCCUGGUGUCCUGGGGCAGCCACCGCCCACCCUGCAUACCCAGCUCUACCCAGGCCCCUCUCAGGACCCUCUGCCCCCCCACUCAGGGGUUCUGCCUUUCCCCAGCCCUGGGCCCCCUCAGCCUCCCCAUCCCACCCUGGCAUAUGGUCCUGCCCCUUCCCCCAGACCCCUGGGCCCCCAGGCACCCGCACUCUCCAUUCGAGGCCCUCCGCCUGCCAGCCAGCCCGCCCCCACUCCCCACCUGGUGCCUUCGCCUGCCCCAUCACCGGGGCCCGGCCCCGUCCCUCCUCGGCCCCCUGCAGCAGAGCCAGCCGUGUGUCUGCGCCGAGGCGCUGCGAGUGCAGAUCUGCUCUCCUCCAGCCCUGAGAGUCAGCAUGGAGGCGCUCAGCCUCCUGGGGGUGGGCAGCCCCUGCUGCAGCCUACUAAGGUGGAUGCGGCUGAGGGCCGGCGGCCACAGGCCCUGCGGCUGAUCGAGCAGGACCCCUAUGAGCACCCGGAGAGGCUGCAGCAGUUGCAGCAGGAGCUGGAGGCCUUUCGGGGCCAGCUGGGCGAUGCAGGGGCUCUGGACGCUAUCUGGCGGGAGCUACAAGACGCACAGGAGCACGAUGCCCGUGGCCGUUCCAUCGCCAUCGCCCGCUGUUACUCACUGAAGAACCGGCACCAGGAUGUCAUGCCCUACGACAGCAACCGUGUGGUGCUGCGCUCAGGCAAGGACGACUACAUCAACGCCAGCCGCGUGGAGGGGCUCUCACCGUACUGCCCACCUUUGGUGGCCACCCAGGCCCCCCUGCCUGGCACAGCUGCCGACUUCUGGCUCAUGGUGCAUGAGCAGAAAGUGUCAGUCAUUGUCAUGCUCGUGUCCGAGGCCGAGAUGGAAAAGCAAAAGGUGGCUCGCUACUUCCCUACCGAGAGGGGCCAGCCCAUGGUGCACGGUGCCCUGAGCUUGGCCCUGAGCAGUGUUCGCACCACCGAGACCCAUGUGGAGCGGGUGCUGAGCCUGCAGUUCCGGGACCAGAGCCUCAAGCGCUCGCUCGUGCACCUCCACUUCCCCACAUGGCCAGAGUUAGGCCUGCCGGACAGCCCCAGCAAUCUGCUGCACUUCAUCCAGGAGGUGCACGCUCAUUACCUGCAUCAGCGCCCCCUGCACACGCCUGUCGUCGUCCACUGCAGCUCCGGGGUGGGCCGCACAGGAGCCUUCGCGCUGCUCUACGCGGCUGUGCAGGAGGUGGAGGCUGGAAGUGGGAUCCCUGAGCUGCCUCAGCUGGUGCGGCGCAUGCGGCAGCAGAGGAAACACAUGCUGCAGGAGAAGCUGCAUCUCAGGUUCUGCCAUGAGGCGGUGGUGAAACACGUGGAGCAGGUCCUGCAGCGCCACGGCAUGCCCCUUCCGUGCAAGCCCUCGGCUGGCACCAGUGUUACACAGAAGAAUCACCUUCCUCAGGACUCCCAGGACCUGGUUCUCGGUGGGGAUGUGCCCAUCAGCUCCAUCCAGGCCACUAUCGCCAAGCUCAGCAUCCGGCCUCCCGGGGGCUUGGAUUUCCCGGCUGCCGGCCUGCCAGGCCCUGUAGAGCCCCCAGGCCUGCCACCACCCAGCCUCCCAGAGUCCACCCAGCUCCCAUCCUCCUCCCCACCCCCUCUCUCUUCACCCCUGCCUGAGGCCCCUCCGCCUGAGGAGGAGCAGCCGGUACCUGAGGUCCCCAGCCUGGGGCCCCCGUCCUCCUCCCUGGAGCUGCUGGCCUCCCUAACUCCUGAGGCCUUCUCUCUGGACAGCUCCUUGAGGGGAAAGCAGCGGAUGAGCAAGCAGAACUUUCUGCAGGCCCAUAACGGGCAGGGUCUGCGGGCUGCCCGGCCCACUGAUGACCCCCUCAGCCUUCUGGAUCCACUCUGGACACUCAACAAGACCUGAACAGGGUUUGCCUGCCUUGCACUACGUUGUCUCCCAUGCCAGUCUGCCCCUCUUGAGGUGGGGCCUAGUCUUACUCCCAUUCCUGCUGCCUUCAGCCCUGCCUGGCCCAGCCCACAGCUCUACAGGGUAGAGAUGCAUCACGGGUCUUGGGUCAGGUUCUGCUCCUUUGUGGGACCUGACAUUUUCAGCUCUUUGCUGUUGAAUAAACAAACCUGUUCUGUG